ACUGUGUGGGUUAUUUUUAUUAUUAAUUGAGUGACAAGAAAAUCGUACGUUAAGUGAGUAUACUGAUAUAAGGAAAUAUGAAAUAGAAUAUUAUCAAUUCGUCUAAAUCCUAGAAAAGGUUUGCAAACCACUACAGAACUAUUUUGUCUUGCACCUCCAUUCACUUCCGGUAGCUGCUCGGUCAAAACAUCAAUAAUGUCGGUUAUAACAAGAGUUCCCGAACCCAAUAUAUGGGAAUUAAUUUGCAAAGAAUAUGAAUCAAGAAAUCCCCCAUUUAUUGACGAAGAAACCAAAUCGGUGAAUACAGAUUAUGAAGACUUUGAUCCAAGUAAACAUAAUCCAGUGUUCUAUGGAAAAAUGCAUGAACGCAUUAUAACUGAUGAUGUGAUAGAUGUUGAUGUUUCUAUAUCUCAUCCUGCUUGUGCUGGUUUUGCAUUUACUGAAAAGCCACCCUGCCCUCCUACUCCCCCAUCUUCUCCUCCACCACCUAAAGAUACCUGUACACCUCGAGAAUAUCUAGAGCAUUAUAUAUUUCCUGUAUUAUUACCUGCAUUAGCUGAAAUGUUAAAACAAGCUAAAUUAGAAAAAUGCUUUGAAAGAAAAAGAACCAAGUUUAAUGCUCUAGAUUACAUUACAGAAUAUUUAUACAGAAAUAAUAAAAAUGUUAGUGGUCGAGAAGAUGUUAUAUUAUGGGAUAUACCAUUUGUCAAAGAAUGGCUUAAAGACCAUCCCAGACCACCAUUACCAUUAUCUUUAAUAUGGACAGAGGAAGAAGCAGCAUUAAUUAUACAGUCAUAUUGGAGGGGAUAUAAGACAAGAUGUGAUCCUGAAAUUCAAGAGCUGCGACUUUGGCAAAAGGAAUGGCGCGAAGAGAACAGGGGCUAUGACAAGAAAGUAAAUGAAUUCUGGGAGUCAAAAAUGCCUGACAAUGAGAACACAUCAGUAGAAAGUGAAGAAAAAGAAGAUGAUCAAGACGUUAAAGUUGAAGAUGAAACUAUGUCAAGUUCUCCACAGACUGAAGCAGUAUAAUUAAUAAAGGAUUAAAAUCAAAGUAAUGUUUUGAGAACAUUGAUAUUAAACGAUACAAAUUAUGAUCUUUAUGUAUAUAUGUAUAAUAAAUAUUUUUAUUUAUA